UCCCGCCGCUAUGCGACUGCAAGCUCUUUGUUGCUACAACCUGCCGUUCCUGUGCAUAUGCGACCCCCUUUUACCUUACCCUGCUGAUUUGCAAAUCCUGUUUGGUUGGGUCGUUCCGUUUAACACCAAUUAACGAAGGCUUCGAUAGUAUUAUUGUCGUAAUGAGACGUAUUUUUGUCUAGACGGCACCUAUUAUAUAUGUAUGUAUUGGAUAUGUAUUUAUUAUAUUCUGUGAUUCAUUAUAAUGUUUGUCGGUCGGUGUCGCGAGCUAGAGAUCCCGCUGCUUUCGUCUCCGCUUGAUCUUAACCAGUGCGAAUUAAAAUAUGACUAAUCCGACAGUGAAAGCUGACAACGUGCUGUCGACGGUGAAUGUGGUAGAGGCGCUGCAGGAGUUCUGGCAGGUGAAGGCGGCGCGGGGCGGAGGCGCGGCGGGCGGCGGCGGCGCGCUCGUCAUCUACGAGUCGGUGCCCGCCGCGUGCCCGCCCUACGUGUGCUACGUCACGCUGCCCGGCGGAGCGUGUUUCGGCAGUUUUCAGAACUGUCCUACAAAGGCAGAGGCGAGACGCAGCGCUGCGAAGAUAGCGCUCAUGAACAGCGUGUUCAACGAGCACGAGUCACGGCGGAUAUCGGAGCACUUCAUCGAGAAGGCUGUGGCGGAGGCGCGCGCCUCGUUCGCGGGAGACGCUGGCAGCCACCACCAGGACCCUAGCGCGGGCAUCGCGGCCUUCAGGUUUAUGCUAGAAGCGAACAAGGGUCGCACGAUGCUGGAGUUCCAGGAGUUGAUGACGGUGUUCCAGUUGCUACACUGGAAUGGAUCCCUGCGGGAGUUGAGGGAGAGACAGUGCUCACGGCAGGAGGUAGUGGCGCAUUACUCUGCGCGUGCGCUGGAUGACGCCAUGCGCGAGCAGAUGGCUGUGGAGUGGGCCGCCAGAGAGCGCGAAGCCGGCGCCGCUGGCGGCGGCGUGCUGCGCGUGGAGCUGGCGCGCGCGGAGCGGGAGCUUCGCCAAGCGCGGCUGGCGGCGCGCGAGCUGCGCUUCCCCAAGGAGAAACGCGACAUCCUGCAGAUGGCGCUGCGCCUCGCGCCGCCGCCGCCACACCAGCCGCAGUGAUCUCACCACACACACCCACACACCCGCCACUAUUGUUAUUUAAGUAUAGUUAUAGCGUAAGAG